AUGUUGAAUGAUCUAACAACUUUACAGUGCUUCCCAGAAGAUUUGCUUAUUGAAUUUUUUAAUAUUGACACCAUUCAUGACUUGGAAAAGUUUAUGGAAGGUUUAAUUUUGUAUUUGAGCAUGAAGGCCCAGAAAAUGUUGAUGCAAGUGAACAGGUGCGUUGCUAUUGAAUGUCCCCACCUAGACAUACCUUGGUUUCAUGAUCACUUCUGUAAAGAUAACAUAGAAACUCUGAACACGACCUCUAAAAAGUUGAUCCACGAAGUCAAUGAAUUGUUAGAGCAAAUACUGAAUGGUCCACUUUUCAUUCAAAAAAAUUCUUACUCCCCUUUCUACCACAAAUUCGACUUUGAAUGUGCUUUGAAUAAGAAAAAGAAACCUGUACCGGCAGCACUGUUUAAUGAUAAAUAUGAAGCAUCCAUUCAGAGGUACGCGAUAUGUGUUCUGUCUGAAUCGUCCUAUUGCAAGAAUGGUAAAUUUCUCAACGGCAAGGAGUGCGUUCGAAAAAGACAUCUGCAGUUAUUAGGCUAUAAAUUUAUUGAGGUUCCGUUUUUUGAGUGGUAUUCCAUGGGCUUAACAGAAAAAUUAACAAAAAAGAAGUAUUUGGAAGACAAAAUAUUUAAAAAUAGCUAA